ACCCCAUUUUACCAAGAGAACCCCCUGAGGAUGGUGUGCACAUGCGCGGUGUGCAUCCUGCCGGAGUGUGAGAAGAGGUGAAGGGAGCCCUAAUGGCGGAGAAUGUACGGUCGCCUUUUGACUACCGGGAGCCACCGACCCUCGACAGCGACGGAGACGGAGGCAAACCACCACCGUCCCGCGGGCGUGUGUGUGGGAGAAAAAGAAAGGGGACACCUGUGAAGGUCUGCGAUCGAGCAUAUGUAACAGAAGAUGAAGAGGAGGAGAGCAUGUCUGAGCACAGCUACAGCCCCGGUGAUGGCCAGUACCAAGAAGCUCGGGAAGAUCGUCUCCCUCCACCUGGCAGUCCGUACUACCUUCCUGAUCCCACUCAGCUCUGUGUACCUGAGCUGGGGGAGGAGGGUGCAAGCGGAGUACGGGGACCUGUGCUCUUCCACCCACCGCCUAAUUGUCGGAUCCGAGAGGUCCACUGUGGGACGCAGGUGCGAUUGGUCGUUAUAGCGAUCCGAGACAUUGCCAAAGGAGAGGAGAUUACUGUGGACUACAGCCUGACAGACUGGGGAGAGAAUGCGUUGGAGGAAGAGGCCGGCCCCCACCCACUGUCCCUCUCAGUUUCUGAUUACCUUACCCCCUCAUGGUCGUUAUCGCCCUCGUCCUCCCCACUCACCCACUCUGAGCCCAGUGACUCAGACCACGAGGAGGAAGAGGAGGAGGAAGAUGAUGACGAUGAAGACGAUGAUGAAGAAGAGGAAAUUGAGGAGCUAAGGGGCAGAAUGCUGCGCCGUCGCAAGAAGCGCAAGAUGGCUACAGUCGUCAAUUCAAAGAAGAAUACGGCAAACUCUUCAAGAGGGCACGGGCGCCCUUGCUCAUCGUUUACCAGUCCAGGACCUGGUACAGCCUCUGGCAGAAACCAGCCCCAGGCUCCCGUCAGUGUCCUCGCACCCCCAACAACCAACAUCAACAAUAACAUCAACAUAAACAUUGGCAGUUCUGGCAGGGCCAUGAUGAGUCAGCGACAUCACUGCCCCUACUGCGGUCGCCACUAUCGGUCACUGGCACGCCACCUGGAGAAGCAUCAUGCCAACCAGCCGGAGGUCCGAACAGCCAUGGAGCUGGCGCACCACCACUCUCACAACUCUUUAAACGGCAGCACCUCACACCCGCACCCCUCAUCGCCCUCCAUCUCUGCCAUUCACACUCACUCUUUCGCUGUCCCUCCUUCCUCUGCGUCUAACCCGAUGCCACCCCCUCUCUUCUCAAGAGAGAGAGAAUUGCCUUCUAACCGCACAAGCACAGGCAGUGUGCCAUUCUCGCUCUCUCUUUCGCCGGCUCCUUCAGCGACCUUGAAGAAGGCGCCUAGCUUAUCAUCGCCAAGUUCUAAAUGUGCCCCUGCUCCAAUGGUGCCACAAGUAAAAAGUCCGUCGCCGCCUCCAUUGUCCAGUCCCAGAAGGGGUCGGAGGAUGAAAAGAGAAAAACAGGAAGAGCCACAGGAGGUGGAGCCCUCCAUAAAUCAAGAAGAGUUAGUUCCCCCUCCUACUCCUGAGCCGAAUAUCGAUCCUGAUGAAGAGCUAGAGCUUAGUGGAGAAGGGGAGGAUGAUGCAGCAGAGGAGAAAAACGGAGAGAUUACAAGCUCACACAGACAUCACAUGCCUCCGUUUCUCUCCUCCCUCUCCUGUUUGGUACUCUACCUCCGCCACCAGCAGCACUCUUCUUUCAUUUUGCUGACUCAUUCUCCGCCUUCGGCUGAGGCUUGGCGCCUCCUUUGCCAUGCCAGCCUCUCACUGCUCAUCCUCUACAACCGCCACCGUGAAUGCGAGGUGGCCAAACUCACUAUUCAGGACUACAACAACCGUGUCAAACCCCAGGACUACUCUAAAACCACCUCUCCCUCUGGUAUGGAGGUGCUUCUGUCCCCGUUUGAACGGCAGGUUCUCUGUCACCUGCCGCGGGUUGGUGUUUUGGGGAAGCGUGGCCGUGUCCAGCCGCUUAUUCUUCCACCACACUGCGAGUCCUGCCUGGACUUACUUCUUCAAACCAGCUCCAACGUGGGUGUGGACCCAGAUAGUCCCUACGUCUUCUCUCGACCCUACCACUCUCCUGCUACCCCACUCCGCGGUACAGACCUUCUGAGAAAUCUGGCACGGGCCAGCGGGGCCAAGAAUUCUGGAGUGUUGACAGCAACACGGGUGCGGCGACAAGUAGCCAUCCUGACCCAACUGCUACUACUAGAGGAGGGUGAAGGCCAGCAGGACAGCGCCACCAAACGUCUUGAGGAGUUUCUAGAGCAAGAGUACCAUGUAAUGCAGGACUGCUCAGCUGUGGUGCAAGAUCCAGCACUGAUGAGUCGUGUGGGUCGUGUUGUACUCUACGGAGAAAAGCAAGGCGUACUUUUCCGUGGAAUGAGCCUGCAGCACAUAUGCCUUGAACUGGAUGUUAUGUCUGGCAACUCAGCCGAAUCCUUUUCAGAGGAGUCUGAGGUAGAGGAAGACAAGAAGGAUGUUAAGGAGAAAGCCACUGAUGCGACAAAGAAGAAAGGCCCAGGUCGACCCCCAAGAAAAAAGAAAGAACCAGUUCCUGCACUGGUCAGCCUUUCAGUUGCCAGUGGACACAAAAGAUGUAUUCAGCCCAAAUCAGGGAAGCGCGGUGUGCUGAAGCGUCCUUGGUCGGAGGCGGAGCGUGUCGCCGUGGAGACACACCUCAAGAAAAACCUUGUGGAGCUGCGUGUCCCGGCUAAAGCAGACUGUGAGCGCUGCUUAGAACUCUGUCCUCUGCUGGUGAGUAACCAGCGAGACUGGCGAGCCAUCAAGUUUUAUGUCCACAACCGCAUCCAGCUACUGAAGAAGCAGGGAAGGAGAGAAAGUGCAAACUCAGUCUGAGUAGACUUUAAAAACAAAAAAAAAAAAAAAAGAAAAAUGUGUGGAAGAGGCCACAAAACAAAUUGUACAAACAACCAGCAAACAACUUUUACUUUCUACAA